UCCACAAACUCCAUGAUGUUGACUUCCCGUUCCAUGAUGUUUGCGCUGCUCAGCUUCCUCGCUGGCGCCAAUGCAUGUGUAUCCUGCCCGAGCACAUUGACGGUCAACGGUGUUGUCGUGAAGCAAUAUAAUGUGAUCCCAAUCGCGGCCGUCCAGAUCACAUAUUGCGAAUACAUGACGAGCGACGGCACACAAAUAACCUGUGAUUAUCACACCGAGACCGGCAAGCUUUACUAUGGGUCUCGGGCGAAGAACAAGAUUGUAACUCCGUAUAAUUCUUGUCCGCGUACAGCAACUUUAAAGGAUGGGCAUAUCUGCUGACCGUGAUGUAAAGAGAUGGGGGAGACGAGACACCCAACAGGAGGAGAAAUGUUCGUCUGCAGACAGCCGGGUGUACACCAGUACUUAGACACCAGUACUUAGACACCAUCUGUUGCGAGAAUGGCCAGAUAGUUUUGUCUUGCCUCGGCC